AUGUCUAGCGUCGAAUAUGAUGACUACGAGUAUGAUGACGCUAACCUGACCGAUGCUGAGUAUGAAGAUCUGGUACGAGCCACACUUUGGCCACAAACCAUUGAAAAGACCUUCGUUGUGGUAUUGAUGACUAUGAUGGUAAUCGGUGUCAUCGGUAAUACAUUGGUCGUCGUCGUGGUCAUCUCUAAAAAAUCCAUGACUCUGAAGAUCACUUGGUUAAUCGCACCAGUCACUGGUUGCUCGGUUUUCAUCGAAAUUUUUUUUCUGGAUGGAUAA